CUGACCGAUCACAAGAACUCUGUGGGCAGCAACGAGAGCCAACAACGUCAGAAAGAGACAAAUAGAGAAGAAGAAGUAGGAGAAGUUUAUAGAAAGAGUACAGGAUCUGCCAUCGCUUUGACUUGAAGACUUGAUUAAGUGCGCAUACAUAAAACGUUGAUGAUAAUUUAUUUAUUUUUGGGAGGGUGGCAGUGAUCGAAACAAAAAGGAUUUCAGUUGUUUUUAUUUGAUUAUUUGAAUUCGUGCUUGUGUAUUUUUUUUUUACUUUGGUGAUUGUAUAAUAUAUUGUCGGCUACAAGAUUCCUCCUCCGGUUGUGAUCCGGACAGAAAGACCUCUUGUUCUUGUUAAAUCCUUUCUUCGAAAGAGGACCUUUCCAAGGUGUUGCGACUAAGCGACACGGUGAGUCCCGCCAUAUCGGUGGCUGGCAUGACCGUUCAGGACGAAGCUCGGGCCAUGCCUCAGACAGCAUCCACAAGAUCCCGGUUCAUGAUCACGGACAUACUCAGCGGACCGGCAGAACUACGCGGCGGCAACGGAGUCGGAGGUGGCGUUGGCGGUGGAGGCGGCAUCAUCGGCGUCGGAGGUGGCGGAAGAUCUCCGAGUCCAGGACCAAGGGAUCUCUCUCUGCACUCAGCACCCCUACAUCCUGACAGCGACACCGACAGCUCAGGACAUCCCGACACCUCGAGCGUAUGUUCCAACGGUCAGAACGGCGACGACUCCCUGAAUUCCUCCAAGGGCUCCGGCGGCGGCAUCAGCAAAAAGCAGAGGAAGGCACGCACCGCCUUCACCGAUCUCCAGCUUCAAACCUUAGAAAAGAGCUUCGAACGACAGAAGUACCUCAGCGUCCAGGACAGGAUGGAACUCGCAGCCAAACUCAGCCUCACAGAUACGCAAGUGAAGACGUGGUACCAAAACAGAAGAACGAAGUGGAAGAGACAGACGGCAGUCGGUCUGGAGCUUCUGGCGGAAGCAGGGAACUACGCGGCCUUCCAAAGGUUGUACGGUGCUCCACCAUAUGGUUGCUGGUACCCUCCACAGCCAGGACAAAGCGCCGCUCCCAGCGCCGCAGACAUCUACUACAGGCAGGCGGCGGCAGCAGCAGCGGUGACGUUGCAGAAACCUCUCCCCUACCGACUGUACCCACCCAGCAUGGGCCUAGGAUUGCCUGGACCAAGCGCGCACCUAGGUUCCCUCGCCGCGAGCAGCUCGCUGAGCACGCUCUCCAGCUACUACAGCGGCAAUCCGUCGGACGCGCCUCCUCCGCGAUCCCCCAGCCCCGAUGCACCCUUGGAUCCAGGAUCGCCCGGUACCGGAGGACGAAGAUCCCCAAGCGACGACGAGGACACCAUCCACGUGUAAAAGAGCCCUCAUCCUAAAAACCGCAAAAACUUUUUUAAAUUGUGAUAAAGUGUAACAUAA